AUGAAACGGUGGCGCCUCACUCUGUGGUCCUAUCGCACGACUAACCGCACGGCACCGCUCGACUGGGCGGUGCCACCGGCGGCCAGCCGGAAGGACGUGUUGCACUCUCUUAACCGCACAGAGUGCGUUUGCAAGUGUGCAAAUACUUCCUCGCCGAAUAACGAUGCGCUGGCCCCGGAAUCAAGGAGAGCCGCAAACGUUCGACCAGCGAUUGUGAGGGCCAAGAACGGAGCAGGCGCAUCGGGUGAAAAAUUGAGCCGAUACGCGGACGGAGCGAGGGCGAUCAUGGGCGCCCCCGCGUUCUUCCGAGCCGCCGGCCUCGUCAGCGGCGGCCUGCUCCGUUUCCCGAGGCGUUGGGAGGCGCUGUCCGCCGGUCAGUACAUUCUCGGGCGAAAUGGCCCAGAUUACCGCAGCGGAAACACCGUGCGUCCGAACCGCGGGGUGGGUCCCGUCGCACGUUCCUCGACGGGGCGGGACGCUCACUGGGAGCAUCUUGGUGCUCAACCUGCGCCCCCCUGCGCUGCCUUGUAUCCGACGGGCGGUCCCGAUUGCGCUGGGCCGCAUGCGCCUCUGUGGAGCCUCGUCGCAAGCCAAAGGUGUAGGGGUCCAGGGCACGAUCAGAAAUGUCUCUCGUGUCCCUUCCCCGCGUGUCGACAUAUGCCGCAUACGCCUCAGGGCGGCGAGUCCGAGCCCCGAAGUCUCCGUUCCACGCACAGCGCGGCUCUAGGGACUCCGACGGGUGGGGCGGAGGCCUGUAGGCGCGCGAGGCGAGGAUAUCGCCCUAUAGGCGGCGAGCUUCAACGACAAGAUCGUCCAGGGAGCUGA